CUCAAAGUUUGCAAAGCGCAAAAACUCCUCACUUGCAGCCAGGCAGCACCUCCCUCUCUCCAAUCCAUUACAGAAGCUUUAGAGGUGAUACAGCCUUGGCAACGCAGGCACAAGGCACCGCUGCGCAAGAAAAGAGCAAUCCAGGACGCGGGAUUUUCUGUCUGCACUUUCCUAAAGCCAAAAAUGAAACCUCAGUUAUUUGUCAUAGAUCUAAUAUUUCUGUGCAUAUCUUGCGGAGCAAGUGCACUGGCAACGAGUAUUCCUACUGUGUCCACGUCCUUGCCAGCCGCCAAUUUCACCAGUUCCGGUGCAGCGCGCAACCAUGGAACAGACACCGCGGCUAUUUCUAAAACCAGGAGGAAGCGUUAUAUUAGUCAGAAUGACAUGCUUGCCAUUCUUGAUUACCAUAACAAAGUAAGAGGGAAAGUGUUUCCCCCAGCAUCUAACAUGGAAUACAUGGUGUGGGAUGACACCCUGGCUAAGACAGCCGAGGACUGGGCUCAUGCCUGCCUGUGGGAGCAUGGGCCACCUCACCUCCUCAGGUUCCUGGGUCAAAACCUCUCCGUCAGGACAGGACGCUAUCGAUCCAUUCUUCAGCUGGUGAAGCCAUGGUACGAUGAGGUCAAGGACUACUCUUUUCCAUAUCCCCGUGACUGCAACCCUCGAUGUCCUCUCAGAUGCUAUGGACCCAUGUGCACCCAUUAUACACAGAUGGUGUGGGCAACAUCCAAUAAAGUUGGCUGCGCCAUUCACACCUGCCACAAUAUGAAUGUAUGGGGUUCAGUAUGGAAGCGGGCAACGUAUUUAGUUUGCAACUAUUCACCUAAGGGUAACUGGAUUGGAGAAGCUCCCUACAAAGUAGGCGUGCCCUGCUCUGCCUGCCCUCCCAGCUACGGGGGCUCCUGCAGCAACAACAUGUGCUUCCCGGCUCUCAAGACAAACUACCUGCACUGGUUCAAAUAAACACAGGUUUCAUUCCUGACAUAAGCUGACAAACUACAGUACCACAGAGACAUUAUUUUAAUCCCGUAAGGAUUUGCACAACAGUCGUGGACCACACUAUUUUGUAUAUAUGGGCUUAUUUAAAGACACAAACACACAUUUGAAGGCAGCAGACAAUUUAGCGUCAAUGACUUGUAAAUAAACUGUAAAUUAAUUUGUUACUAUUUUAAUUGAUGAAAUAUAAUUUAUAUGUAAAAUGGGUCCUUAAACACAGUAUAUACUGUAUGUGGUGCUGCAUACACUUUUUUUUUUUUUAACUAUAUUUGUUUACCAUUGACAAUGUGGUAAUUAAGGACACAACACCAUCAUAGCUGCUCAUAACUGCUCACUUUGGUGCUACCGGGCAUCACACCUUCAUGUUGUGUGCUCUGCCUUCACAGGAAUGUUGUGAUAUAAAGAUCAAAGCUUUUGACCUCAGAGGGAAAACCUACAUUGGCAGGGUCAGCUUAGCGGCUCCUGUGGACCCUGCAGUAGUUUACAAACUUAAAACUAAAUUCGUCUCUUGCAUCUAGGAAUUGGCAAAAAAAAAAAAAAAAAUGUUUUGUUGACAAAAGUGCACUUACUGUAACCCAAAAGCAUUUAACAGCAAUGUACAAAAGGAAUAUACACGAGUGAGACAGGGAAGUCUUCAUUUCACAUUCACACACCUCUGUUGUCAAAAGUUUGUCUCUUCAUUUACACAGUGCAUUUGCAGUUUUAAUCUGCACUGAAUAGGUUGUGUUUCAUUUCAUUACAGACAUUUCAUCCUUUGGGGCAUUUCACAGGUUUCAUUUAAGUUUCAUAUAAUAUUUAUGAUAAAGAGAGCACAUACAAAAAACCUGACCCACAUAUCUGUUCUAUAAUCGUAUUUGUUAUAGAGUAUAUUGGUGCAUGGUAUACCUGUGUAUAUGUAUAUAUAUAUAUAUAUACACAAAUGGAAGAUUGGACAAAUGCAGUGUUUGUAUGUUGUAAUGAUCUUUUCACUGAUGUUGUAGCUAUGGUUACUGGAGUUAGGCACUCAAGUGCACCUUAAUUGUUUGUAAAUUUCCAAAAUAC